UAGGAUAGUAACGUUAAGCUGUGAGAAACCGCUAAUUGUACAACCAAGCCAAGCUUAUAACUGGAAAGCUUGGCUCAGCGUUUCAUUUACACACCCGGACGGACGGUCCUCUCUCUUGGAGGGGUGGCUGAGCUAGCUAAACGAGGUCCGUGUUGACACCGAGCCGCUGGAUCUUCACCCGACAAAAGAACCACCUGCUGUGCCUGCUUGUUUCAUUGUUUACAUCUCUGUCGCCAGCGGGAGGCUUUCGCUCAAAUAAGCAAAGGACAUCUGCCGCAGAGGACCUUUUUAAAAUACUUGACAAAAACCUGGAGUUCAUUUUUUCAACUGAGUUUCUGAAACCGAUUGAGGGUAAACAUGAUGAAAUUCAUUGAUAUUGCCCGAGAGAGCCUCGCCAAGACGGCCACUUGUACUUUAUAUAUGCGUUCUCUGUUCAGUGUGAGGAGAAGCUCCGUCCCUUAAAGUUAUCUUGAUGAAGGCCUUUUUCUGACAGAAGAUCGGGGCCACUUGAGGCCGGGAGGCGGAGUGCUGUGCCUCUUUGCCCUCUUAAAUUCAACCCUUUUUGACAGAUUUCCUCGCCCUCCUGACUUUCAAGAUGGAGCUCUUCUUCAACCCUUUUGACAACUUGGUGUGCAUCCUGCUCGGCAUCUCCCUCACCGUGUGGUUCACCCUGCUGCUGGUCUUCAUUAUCGUGCCUGCCAUCUUUGGUGUGUCCUUCGGCAUCCGACGUCUUUACAUGAAAACCUUACUGAAGCUCUUUGAGUGGGCCACACUCAGGAUAGAGAGAGGAGCGAAAGAAAAUAAUCACCACCUGUACAAACCCUACUCGAAUGCUAUCAUCGCCAGGGAGCCCACCUCAUUGGAGGAGGAGAUCAAGGAGAUCAGGCGGAGCGGCAGCAACAGAGACCUGGACUCAGCCCCCGAGUUCGAGAUGUCUGACAUCUUCUAUUUCGCCCGGCGAGGAGUGGAGAGCAUCAUGGACGAUGAGGUGACCAAGCGGUUCUCUGCCGAGGAGUUGGAGUCCUGGAAUCUGCUGACUCGCAGCAACAACAACUUCCACUACAUCAGCCUGAGGCUGACUGUCCUCUGGGGGCUCGGCCUGCUGAUCCGCUACGGCUUCCUGCUGCCUCUCAGGGUAACUCUGGCCUUCACCGGUGUCGGCCUCCUCGUUUUCCUCACCUGUCUUAUCGGGCUGCUGCCAAGCGGAAGGUUAAAAAACUUUCUGAGUGAGAAAGUCCAUCUGAUGUGCUACAGAAUAUGUGUCCGAGCUCUGACGGCCAUUAUCACCUACCAUAACAGUGAAAAUAAACCCAAGAAUGGGGGUAUCUGUGUCGCCAACCACACCUCACCCAUCGAUGUUAUCAUCCUGGCCAGCGACGGCUGCUAUGCUAUGGUUGGCCAAAUUCACGGUGGCUUGAUGGGGGUCAUUCAGAGAUCCAUGGUCAAGGCCUGCCCGCACAUUUGGUUUGAACGCUCAGAAGUCAAAGACAGACAUCUAGUGGCCAAAAGAUUGAGUGACCAUGUAGAAGAUAAAACUAAACUGCCCAUUCUCAUUUUCCCAGAAGGUACCUGCAUUAACAACACGUCCGUUAUGAUGUUUAAGAAAGGCAGUUUUGACAUUGGUGCCACAGUCUACCCUGUGGCCAUAAAGUAUGACCCGCGAUUUGGAGACGCCUUCUGGAACAGCAGCAAGUUUGGGAUGGUCAACUACCUGUUACGUAUGAUGAGCAGCUGGGCCAUCGUCUGCAGCGUGUGGUACCUCCCCCCCAUGUCCAGAGAGGCGGAUGAAGAUGCCGUACAGUUUGCCAAUCGUGUAAAGGCAGCGAUAGCCAGGCAAGGCGGACUGGUCGACCUCCUGUGGGAUGGAGGAUUGAAGCGAGGAAAAGUAAAAGACACCUUUAAAGAAGAGCAGCAGAAGCUGUACAGUAAAAUGCUGGUCGGCACCCCAGAGGACCGCAGUCGCUCCUGAAGGCCCCGCGUGGGGGCGGACCGGCUCAGUGACCCACCCGGGCACCUCGGACUCUAACAGACAGUCGGCCUCUCUCUCUCUCUCUCUGCUGGAGCUCCUGGACUUGGAAAAGUCCCUCUCUGGUGUCAGCAGCACUCCAUUUGGCUCCCUCGGUCACUGCCUCAGCCAGGCAUGUUCAGUUAGCGUCGCUGUUGCGGGUCGUUCUGAGCCUGCUGCCCUUUGUGGGAAUAGCUUGACUGAAGCUCUGCUCGCAUUCAAAUAAGGUGCACACAGAAAUGGAGCCUUGUCUUCCUUGUUGGCAGUCUUGUGAGGGAAAAACUUGUAUUGUUAUAUAUCAUUGAGUUACUGUCUUUUGGUUGGUAGUUUCAACUUUUUAAUUGUCAUUUUGCUGUCAUGUUUGUAUCCCACUGUGUUAAAGUUACAGAGCUGGUUAUACCUGGGGUGUAGAAGAGCGAUAUUGUAGAUAUAAGAACUAGUUUGUUUUAAAGCUAAAAACCUGUGACUGAGUUGGGGUUCUGCAUGACUGGCAUGUGUCCAUGAUUUACGAAACAAAAUGUCAGAUUUUUGUUACAUUUGAGAUAUUUUUAUGGGCUUUUUCCAAGAGAAAAAUUUUUUUUUAACGUAUUUCAAACUUUGUGUUUUACAUUAAGACUUGUAUCGACACACGUGGUUACUAUAGGGGUUUCAUUGCAGAUGAGCUCUUGGUGUGUUGUCUGUUUCUGUGUUUUCUUCGGUUGAAUGUGUAAAUCGUCACAUUAUGAAAUAGAAAUUGGGCACCCACAGUUACUCUGAUGCUUUAUGGAUUGAUGUUCCAGCUAAUAAUGCAGCAAAACUGGAGUAAAAGGGUUUAUAGUCCAUUCA